CAAAAAAGAACACUUUGGCGGCACGGAGCAGCUUCUCCGGCAGUGGCUUAUAGGGUUUAGCUUCCCCGGUCAUCAACAACCGAACCUCACUCUCUCCCAUUUUUCGAAAUCUCAUCUUCAAAAUGGCUGAACUUACCAACACUCCCGCCGAAACCCCUCAAAACAUGACCAUCUACAUCAACAACCUCAACGAAAAAAUCAAAAUCGAGGAGUUGAAGAAGUCUCUGCACGCUGUUUUCAGCCAGUUUGGGAAGAUACUUGAGGUGUUGGCUUUCAAGCUACUGAAACAUAAGGGUCAAGCUUGGGUGGUUUUUGAAGAUGUUACUUCUGCUUCCAAUGCGCUUAGGCAAAUGCAAGGUUUCCCCUUCUAUGAUAAGCCCAUGAGAAUACAGUAUGCCAGGACUAAAUCAGAUAUCAUAGCUAAAGCAGACGGUACUUUUGUUCCUCGUGAAAAACGGAAGAGGCACGAUGACAAAGGCAAAAAACGAAAGGAUCAAAACGAUGCUAAUUUAGCUGGAAUGGGAAUAAAUCCUGCUUAUGCUGGUGCUUACGGCACAACACCUGCUUUAUCCCAGAUACCAUAUCCAGGCGGUGCAAAAUCCAUGUUACCCGAGGCUCCUGCACCACCAAAUAAUAUUCUCUUUAUUCAGAAUCUUCCCAACGAAACAACUCCUAUGAUGCUGCAAAUGCUCUUUCUUCAAUAUCCUGGAUUCAAAGAAGUUAGAAUGGUCGAAACAAAGCCCGGAAUCGCCUUUGUGGAAUAUGGAGACGAGAUGCAAUCCACAGUGGCUAUGCAGGCGCUGCAAAGUUUCAAAAUAACCCCACAAAACCCUAUGCUGAUAACUUAUGCAAAGAAAUAGACAGCUAUUGAUCCGACUUAUGGUGUAAGACAUGAAAUCAUAUAUCUUUGCAUAGAGUUGUUAAUCCAUCUAAUGCAAUAGUUUCUCUUCUUAGUUGGUGUUUACCCUUAGCAGCCUUGGGUCUUGUAUGAUCAUUGUAGUUAGGUUAAUAACUUUGACAUUUUUAUAAAAAUCUGUAUUUGGCAAA